AUGUCCAACAUCCAAGCCGCACCUCAAGCCGUCGAUCCCGCGAUCGGAUUCUCAACAUUCAACCUUCGACCCUUCUACCCGCCUGUUGCGAUCCCGGCAAUCACGAUUGGACUGAUCUAUCUGAUUAUUAUAUCUUUCUUCUCCUUCUCAUUCUACCUCCCAAUCCACAUGAAGUUCAUCCAACGGCAGCGCCCGCUGCACUUCUACCAACUCAUCAUCUUGCGCUGGAUCGCAACUGUGACAACAUACCUCUUCCUCUCCCUCUUCUACUCACUCAUCUCCCUCGCGUUCCAAAUCCCCUUCUCCAGCGGUCCAGCCCCACACACAGAAGUCGCGAAUCCAGCGACGGUUUACGGAAAGGGCAGUUUCCCGGUAUAUUGGAUGAUCGAUUUCGUCGGCAUGAAAGCGCUUGGAUUAGCGUGCGAGAAUGUCGCAAUGGUUGUGGGCAUGCCGUAUACGAGUUUCUGGCUCAUUUUCUGGGUCAUCACGAACGUGAGCACGAGUUUCUAUAGUAUUACGCUUGCGCCUGGCUUUUAUCGAUGGGGUUAUGCGUGGCCUUUACAUCAUAUUGUCAACGCGAGUCGAACGAUCUUGUUCGACACCCAUAGUCAGAUUGGCCUCAAUUUUGGAGUUCUUUUUGCGUGGUGUGCGGUCAACACUGCUUUGUUCCCAAUAUGUUGUUGGUUUAUGAGGUGGAAGACUAUGAGGCAGAAGAAGAAGGAGAGCGAAGGGAAGGAACAAUGA